AUGGUUGACUACAGGGGACAUCAGUACUUUCUGUAUUCUGUCGUCAUUUUCAUGACCUUCCUUGGCUUAUUCGGCAACCUGAACCUCAUUUUGCUGCACGUUCGGCGACCAAUUCUCCGCAACAAAUAUGGUAGCUUCUUUUCGAAUGUUGCCCAGUAUAAACCUGUGUUUUAACAGCUGAGCUUUGCCGCCCUUUAAAAAAAUAAAGUAAAACCUGAAUUUUGUAGAAAAAUGCUCAUGAAAAACCGACUAUUUGAAGAAAUUUAAAGAAAGAAGAGAUUUAGUGAAGAUUUUUUAUAGUUUUCCAUCCAUAGCUUGGUUUUUAAUCGAUGAUCCGCUAACUUAUUGAUGAAAUGAUCGUUAACAACACCAAUAGUUUGGUCCUUGAAAAAAAGAAAACAUUUUUUUGAAAAAAAAGUAUUUUUCUAGUUGUUUAUCUUCUCGCGCCAUAAGGAGCUUCUGCGCGAAUUCUUCCAAAAAUUGUCCAGAAUUUUCUAGAAUUUUUUUAAAGGCAUUCUUAAUAAUACAAUAAAAAAAUUCCAGCAAAUUUAUACUUUUGAAGCUUCCAAAAAGCAAAAAAAGUAAAAAAAAUCUUUAAACUUUUCAAGGUCAAGAAGACUUUAUACAGGAGUUUUUGAUUUCGAAAGAAAUUCGAAGUUACGGUUAAAAAGUAAAAAAAAAACCGAGCGAAGCAUAAUAUAACAAUGACAAGUAUCUUCUUAACUCUUUUCAUAGGGGCAGUAAAAAACGGUGUUUCAGUUCAAAGCAAUAUUUUGUAGAGUUUUUCAUUGCGAAUCGAACGGUAAACUUGGAAAUGUACAGAAGUUCCUAGUUUCGGAGAAAAAAUAAUUCAAAGUCGGAGAGAGAAAAGCUUGAGUUCCCGCAAAAAAGGCAAUUGGCAGUAAAGUUGCUCUAUGGACAACAGGCUUCGCCAUCUUCCGGAUUUUCGCUUUUUUCUUCGUUUCUUUCAUUUUUCAAUUUUUUCUGUUGUCACCAAAGUUAUUUUCGUCACAAAAGCUUUCUAUUCAUGUAUAAUUUGCCAACUUUGAUCGCAAAAACGCUUUUCUGGGGAAAAAUGAUGAUUUUACACAGGUUUCGUUUGGGAUAGCGAUAUUUUGUGUUUCCUUUAUUAUCAAUGUGUAUUUUCUGUUUUCUUAAUCGAUUUUUCAGAGUAGAAACCCUUAAUUUUAAGCAGAUACCCGGUUCUUUCUCACAAAAUGCGAGUCUAAUGAGACGUCCGCAACAUCGCGUGCACGGCUACUGUAAACAGUUGUCUGCAUACCGAUCCAAAGCUUUUUUUAAAAUUAAUGGCGGGAGUUCUAAAGUUGUCACAUCUGUAAUUUUUUUGAGUACACCAUUCGAUUCGCAAAGAAAAACUAUAUAAGAUACUGCUUUCACCUGGAGCCCCAUUUUUUACUGCCCCUAUGCCUUUAAAGUUGAACUUAAGGUUUUAGAAAAUAUUUAAGCAGAGAUUUAAUGAAAUAAACGUAGUUCAGAAAACUCGGACCUUGGUAACGCGAACGGGACGCGAAUCGGACGUGUCGGAGCAUUUCUAGUGACCACCUUAGUAGCCUCAGCACCCUUAAGGGAUCCCUAGAAUCGCCCAGAAACGUCCGGAGCACGUCCGUUUCGCGUUACCCAUGCCCGAGAAGUUUUUCGAAUUUUUUCAGUCACAGAACCUUUUCAAGGUGAUUUUUUGGACGAAGUUUUUCUAGGAAUUUGACUGAAAAAUAAGGUGAGUAAAGGUAUCACACUAAAUGCCUCACACAUCUCCACCGUAGUCCGCGCACUUUUUCACUUCCUAAAAAACCAACGGCAAAUGAAGCAGAAUUCCGAAAAUGUCGCCGUUUUUUCGGCCCAAAACUGAGCGAAAGAAUGUUUUCGGCAUGAUUCACAAGGUUCCCAUGUUGCCAGAAAACGCAUAAAUCCAAUUAGUUAAUUGUUUUUUGCCUUUUUUUUCAACACGUAACAAUUUUGUUGCUGCUUAUCUAAUCAACAAAAAACGGAACUUGAUUUCCGGACGAAAAUUAUUGAAAACAUUUUAAUAUUUUGUUUUAGUCUUUCGAACAAAGUAGAAUGAUUGACUAUAGAGGUCAUCAGUAUUUCCUGUACACUUUAGUGGUUAUCAUGACUUUUUUCGGCUUAUUUGGAAAUUACCAUCUUAUUUUGCUGCACGUCAGGAAUCCGGCACUGCGCAACAAAUAUGGUAGAUUUUUUGGGUAUUUUUGAAUUUUAUUUGGUUGUGAUCCUUUUUUCUUUAUCAGAACAUUGCUCAAAAUUUCCUUCAAAAAAUUGUAGGUGUUCAGAUAGUUUCUGGUCGCACUUGGAAUGGCUUGAAACAUAGCGGUUAAAACUGGCUUCAAAUUUGUCUUCUCAUUAAGCAGCCCGUUUCAAUAGUUUUUGAUGAUCCGUCGCGCAAACCGUUUCAGGUCUGCUGCGCUUUGUAAUCAGCACUCUGUAAUCGUUGAGUCAUCCCACGUGCUGAAAUGAACUACUAGAGAAACUUAAAAUUGAAAAUGAUAGAAACCUGAGCAAGUUAAAAAAUAGUGGAUAAAUAAUAAAAUGUACAAGAGAAGACUAUCUGAUUAUAGUAACUUUCAAAACUUUCAGGAUGCCUUCUGACGUUAUUGACGACUUUCCAAACCUACUGCGUCCUUUCUGAGUCGGUCAAUGUCGCCUUUGGCAUUGCUAGUGAGUUUUUCGACAGUUGUUCUACUCAUAUUCCCAAUAAAUCCAUAAAGAUAGGAAAAAGAGAACGCUUAAUGAAGAGACACCAGAGAAAGAGAAAAUACCUUUUCUGACAUUUUUCAUGAUUUCACGCUUCCCUUCUCGCACCUCAAAUCUAUCCUUCUUGAAUUUCUUCAUAGACUGUAUUUCAGCCAUGACCUCGAGCUAUCAGAUCAAAAGAGACUUUUGCUACAAUUUCAUAUUCCCCGACAUCUUUUGCAACUGCGUCCAGACGAUCCUCAUCACGGCCCUCUCUAUCGAUUUCCUCUUUUGUAUUCUUUUUCCAAUCAGGUGAGCUCCCAAGAAAUCUUUGAGGUAUUCCCCGUUUUUAGGCAUAGAAAUCUCUCGAAUGGGCCAUAUUUGUCGAUGAUUCUAUCGAUUGCUUUGAUCUACGCUUCCUAUAUCAUCAUCUUAGGAUAUGUUGGGACUGACGAUGCGAUCAUCAAGGUGAUAUCUAUCAACAAGUCGAGAAAUCAAGGAAAUCUCUCAGUUGUGCAAUCCGCCGACGGCUCUCCCCCCUCAAGUAGCCACUUUAUGGUAUCGAGUCGCCUUUAUUGCGGCUUUGGCGACGUCUUUCGCCUAUGUCAUGUCGUUUAGCUUGAUUUACUUCAAAGCCAAAGGUUCCAAAUAAUGUUUAUCAGCGAACCACAGUUUCAGAUUCAUACUGUUCGUUUUGCACUUGAGUUUUUUUCAUAAAAUAUUGAAGAAACGGUAAAGUGUCUUCUUUAUAAAUCUGACCAGAAUAAGUUCAGCUUAUGAGAAAAAAUUAUAUUUUAGAAAGGUAUAAUAACUUUUUUUUUAAAGAUGCCGUUUUCUUCUCUGAUAGUGAAAAAUUCAGCUUUUUUUCGUACAGUUUUGUCCUAGAAAUGAUGUACAAUAAUAAUUAAUUUUGCUGUUUUUGCUAUCGAUCGCAUUUUGAUAGGUCUUUAUGAUGUUCCCGAGAAUUGAGGUUUUAAAAAAGUUUUUUUCAACUUUAGUGAUCCAAGUUUCUCUUUCAGUCUAAAAGUUUGAAAUAAACCUCAUUUUGUUGACUUCGAAUUCUAUUAAUUCUGACCAGGAAGGUCGUGGUUGUACGUGGAAUGACUGAAGUGCAUCUGACGAAAAGCGACUUACGCUUUCGGACAUAAAAAAAGAAAUCAGAGCCAUUCAACGUCCGACCAUUGAUUGAACAAUGUUCCAAAAUGAAUUAGAGAGAGGAUUCCAGCUUUUUUUUUUCAUCAAUUGCGAGCUAUUUUCAAGAAUUUUACCUUUUUCUGUACCUUAUUUAGGCUUCUUGGGAACUUUUUAUAUGAUGAAAAGUGGAUACCAACAUUUUUCAUCCGUAGAGCGCACUUUCGCACAUUUUCCAAGACUUUUCUGCAAUAAUAAAGAACUAAAAAUUCAGCUAAAACGCGACCAACGACGAUGCAAGUCGAGAAAAAGGCGAUGCGAAGCAUCAGCGUUCUUUUAAUCGUAUUUAUCCUGACUCGCGUCUCAACAACGUUAAUCAUCAAUUUUCUACGUUUCAUCAACUCCAGCCAAGAGAUCAUCACCCUGGUUCAAGAUUACAAUGUAAACUUACAUUUUUCCAAAGAAAAUUCAAUCAAUUCAUGAUUCAGGUCAUUUUCGCAAUGCUGUUAUAUUCCCAAAACGCGUACGUCUGCUUCAUUCGGUCCGCCGAGUACCGUCGGAUGUUUCUGGAGCAGAUUUUACCUAUGACAUCUUGUUUCUGUCCCUGUUGGUCGGAAAACAUCAAAACUUAUACUACAAAUAAUUCCAGACCAGUCUUGAAGCCGGUCCUUCGCUAUUGGAACCGGUAA